CGUCUCACACCGUUUUGUCACCGCGUCGAUCCCAUCGCCUCACUCCUCUCUCUGAGGCCAGACAUCACAUCGUCGCCCGUGUACGCGUCCAAGCACGAUUCCCACAGUCCUCCGGCGCAGCUAGAAAGCCCGGGUCUCGCCCGUGGCGCUGCUCGUGAGGAGGCGGAUUGAGUCUUCCGGAAUCGUCACAGAGCCUCCCAUCGCGGACUCAAAACAUAAUUGUCAUCGCGCUGCUACACCAAACCGACCCCGCGAUAUACGACUGUCACCGCCGCUGCCAUUGCCAACGCCAGCCGCCAUGUCGUCUCUUCUCAAUCCAAACCGCAAGCCGCAGUCGGGCAGUGGCCCGAAGCCGCGCUUCGCCAAACCCAACCCCAUCCGCGCCAUGCGUGAGCGUGAAGAGCGCCGCCAGGCAGCACAGCAGUCGCAGUCGGCGUCGGCAAACAGGAGGGGCUCCGUCGCCCCCCCUGCGCGCCAGCAAUGUCCCAACAAGGCCUGUCCCAAGCCCAAUGUCGUCGACGGAACGUGUCAAACCUGCGGUCGUGUCGCCGACGACAGCAACAUCGUGGCCGAGGUUCAGUUCGGCGAGACGUCCUCGGGUGCCGCCAUUGUCCAGGGUUCGUUUGUCGGCGCCGAUCAGGCCGGAGUCCGUAGCAUGGGACCGGCCUUUCGCCGCGUCGGAGGAUCCGAGGACAGGGAGAAGAGCAUCCGCGAGGCCCGCGGCCUGAUGCAGGGUUACGCGCAGCAGCUCAACAUCAGCGAGAGCCUCGUCACCGCCGGCACCCAAGUCUUCAAGCUCGCCUCGGGCGCCAACUUCAUCCAGGGCCGCACCCUCGCCAGCGUCGCCGCAGUCUGUCUGUACGCCGCGUGCCGUGCCGAGCCGCCAUGCAAGGUCAUGCUGAUUGACCUCGCCGACCUGGUCCAGCUCAACGUCUUCAAGCUUGGCCGAAUCUUCAAGAAGCUCAACGAGGUCGUGCCCAUCGGCAACGACGGCCUCAUCCCCGUCUACCCCGAGGACCUCAUCUGGCGUUUCGCGACAAAGAUGGAGUUCCACCAAGAGACGGCCAAGGUUGCCGAGGAUGCGGUGCGGCUCGUCAAGCGCAUGAGCCGAGACUGGAUGGUCAUGGGCCGGCGACCCUCGGGCAUCUGCGGCGCAUGUCUGCUCAUGGCGGCGCGCAUGCACAAUUUCCGGCGGACUGUGCGCGAGGUUGUCUACAUUGUCAAGGUCACCAACCACACCAUCCAGAACCGGCUCCAAGAGUUCAACUACACCGAGUCUAGCAAGAUGUCGGUCGAGGACUUUUUAAAGCAAGACUUUCUGGAGAGCUCGCAUGACCCGCCCUCGUUUUACCGCAAGUCGGAGGAGCACAGGCAGAUUCUGGAAGAAAAGUCGAAGAAACGCAAGCGCAGUACCAAUGACGGGGAAGGUCAAGACGGUGAUGAGCAGCCCGAGCGCAAUUACGAGGCAGAAAAGCGCCAGCGACGGAUGACAGACGCUGGCGCCGACCUUUCGCAAGCCCCGGCGAUCAAGUUCCGCAGAGAUGCGGAUGGCUUCAUCAUCCCUCCGCACCCCUCACAAAUUCCACGCGACGAUCCGGAUUCCUCCAUUGUCGAAAAGAUCGAUGACGCCGACGCGCUCGAGUCUCUUGCAAACGAGUUUGGCGACGCCAUCGACGACGAGCUGGACGCGAGCGACAACGUCAACGGCACCAAGGGCAAGGGUAAGGAAAAGGCCAAGGCGCAGCUGCCCAUCAACGAAGAAUGGGAGCAGGACGAAGAGGAGCUCGAGGGCCAGAUUGAGGAGAUCUUCAAUGACCCGCUCACAUAUGAACAUGCCCUUGCCUACUCCAACGCCGAACAGCGAGCACGUAUCCACUCGAACUGGGCGCUCAGACAGAAACCGCAGAGGGAGGUGUCCAUGGCGGCCGACAUAGGGGAGGACGAGUUUGCAGACGACCCGGAAGUCGCCAAUUGCCUGCUGUCGCCGGAUGAGGCUCGCAUCAAGGAGCUGAUUUGGGUGAACCAGAAUAAGGACUGGCUCAGGAAGCAUCAAGAAAAGGUGUUCCGAAAAAAGAUUGAAGCAGACCGCCCCAAACAGACACGGCGACGCCGGAAGCGGGCCCGCAUGGGUGAGGGCCAGACCAGCCCGGCCAGCUCGGCAGCCGAGGCGGCCAUCAACGUGGCCAAGGACCGUGCGUGGUCCAAGAGGAUCAACUACGACGCCAUCCGAAGCAUCUUUGACGUGCCAAACGCAGGAGGCCUGGGAUCGGCGGCGACGAGCCGAAAAACGAGUCUGGCGGGAAGCACGCUGGGUGCCGAGGACGUGGACGAGGAGCCGGAGGAGAGCAUCGUCGGAGACGACGUGGAGGAGGAGGACGAAGAGGAGAUGCCGGAAGACUACGAGGCGCCCCACGGUGGUGACGAGUUUGGCGGCGGCGAGUUUGAGGGCGGCUACGACGACGACGACCCCAACAUGGACGAGGAGUAUGGGCUGGACGACGAAUAGGCCGAAGGAGGAUUUUGCAAGUUCUUUGACAACUGGAUUGCGUCGGCGAAGAGAGAUACCCGGACUGGCGAGUUCCCCUGGCGCUGAAACUUUCUACGGGGACCAAGCGGCGAUGGUAACGCCAGCUUUAGGAGAUAGACGGGCAGGAAAUAAUGA